AUGACCGAAAAGAUCGAAAUUAUUGAACAAAGAGCAUUCAUGCUAUGCAGAUCUCUUACCGAUGUAACAUUUUCUCCUCUUCUUACUACAUUAUCAGAAAAUUUAAUUUCAUUCACACCCUUCACGAAUUUAACAAUACCAGAAAAUGUUAAAAGGAUUGAAGCUCUUUGUUUCUAUAACUGUUUAUCUCUUCAAUAUCUUGAAUUCCUUGGAGAAAUUUCUUUUAUUGGCGAAAGUUUUAUUUCUAGAGACAAUCUUCUGACAACUGUAGAAUUGACAAUCUUCUGA